AUGGAAGAAUUCAGGUUUAGAGCAUAUGAAAGUUUAGAUCUCUACAAAAAGAAGAUGAAGAAAUGGCACAAUUCUAAAAUCCUUAGGAGAGAAUUUCAAGUUGGAGAUUUUGUGUUGCUGUACAAUUCUCGAUUGAGACUCUUCCCGGGAAAGAUCAAGUCGAAGUGGUUCGGUCCAUUUAAAGUGACACUAGUGUUCAGGAAUGUGGCCAUUAAAGUCGAAGGUAAGGAGGGUCCAACUUUCAAAGUGAAUGGGAAGCUUCUAACGCUUUAUUUUGGCGAGUGUCAUGAAAUUGCAGUCAUUGAAGUGGUAUAUUUGGAAGAUGCUUGA